AGUUGCUAAACGAAAGGGUUUAGGGUUUUUGGAAAGAAUGGAGCAGCCAAGUGUGGCGGUUCUGCCAUGGAUGCGUCACCCUGUCGACAUCACUCGCUGUCAAGAACUCCCCGUCUGUAGUGUUCCUUUGAUGGAACGCAGGUUACAGUCGGUACUGGAGGAGAACAUGGGAAUCUCGAAGCUGUUCCCGGUUCAAGUCGCACUUUGGCAAGAAACGGUUGGAUCAGGUGACUUUGAGCGAGACCUUUGCAUAAACUCGCCCACCGAAAGUGGCAAAACCUUGGCUUAUGCUCUUCCCAUCGUUCAAAACUUGUCCACCAACACCAGUGACCGCCUCUUUGCUUUGGUUGUAGUUCCCACUCGUGACCUUGCUUUGCAGGUUAAGCGCGUCUUCGAUGCCCUUGCAUCACCGCUGGGUCUCCACAUUGGCUUGGCUGCUGGUCAAUCUUCGCUUCGCCACGAGCUUUCUAGCCUCAUUUAUCUACCUGGAGAAGACGACGGUCCAGAUCCUGGUUUUUUGUCUCCUUUGUGGUUCCAAAGCAAGGUCAACAUAUUGGUAGCGACCCCUGGAAGGCUAAUGGACCAUGUCAACAAGUUGUCGUUGAAGCAUCUUCGUUAUCUCGUGGUUGACGAAGCAGAUCGAUUGCUACGCGAGGACUACCAGUCUUGGUUCAAAUCUAUUGUCCAAGAUCCCGUGAAAGUGGUGAAUAGGACGAAAGUGCGAGGUGUGGGCCGAGGAGCAUGGAUCUGAAUGUGUUGGCCUAGGAGGGAGGUUCAAUAAUGUGGUGUGGGUCGAUAAAGGCUAGGUUCGUGAUGGUGGCACUACUUGGUGGAAGGGUUUCUCAGAUUUGGUUCUAUGGUGGAGAGGAGGGAAAGAAGGCCCUUUGAUCUAGAUUUGGAGUGAGCAAGACAAUAAAGAGAGAGAUAAAGAGUUGUGAAAGAAUUAUAUUUUAUUAUUAUCUAAAUUAUUUUAAAA